AUGCUGCGAGGGCCCCGGGCCCUGGCUCCAGCCGCCGGGCCGCCCUCGAAGGGACUGCCCGCGAUGAGCCCUACCGAGCUGUGGCCGCCCGGCCUCAGCAGCCCCCAGCUCUGCCCGGCCACCGCCACCUACUACACCUCGCUGUACCCGCAGACUGUGCCUCCCACUGCGGCGCCCGGCACCUGCCUCGACGCCACCCCCCACGGACCGGAGGGCCAAGCUGUGCGAUGCGCGCCGGCUGGCCGGCUGCCGGCCAAAAGGAAGCUGGACCUGGAGGGGAUCGGGAGGCCAGCAGUCCCUGAAUUCCGGACUCCCAAGGGCAAGUGCAUUAGAGUGGACGGCCUCGCCAGCCCCAGAACACCCAAGUCCCCCGGAGAGAAGACUCGGUAUGACACGUCACUGGGGCUGCUCACCAAGAAGUUCGUUUACCUCUUGAGCGAAUCCAAGGAUGGGGUCCUGGACCUGAACUGGGCCGCCGAGGUGCUGGACGUGCAGAAACGGCGGAUCUAUGACAUCACCAACGUGCUGGAGGGCGUCCAGCUCAUCCGGAAGAAGGCCAAGAACAACAUCCAGUGGGUAGGCAGGGGAAUGUUUGAAGACCCCACCCGGCCCGGGAAGCAGCAACAGCUGGGGCAGGAGCUGAAGGAGCUGAUGAGCACAGAGCAGGCCUUGGACCAGCUCAUCCAGAGCUGCUCUCUGAACUUCAAGCACCUGACCGAGGACAAGGCCAACAAGAGACUGGCCUAUGUGACUUACCAGGACAUCCGUGCCGUUGGCAACUUUAAGGAGCAGACGGUGAUCGCGGUCAAGGCCCCUCCACAGACAAGACUGGAAGUGCCCGACAGGAGCGAGGAGAACCUGCAGAUAUAUCUGAAGAGCACCCAGGGGCCCAUCGAAGUCUACCUGUGCCCAGAGGAGGUGCAGGAGCUGGACAGUCCUGCCAAGGAGCCCCUCCCCCCGACCUCCACCCUUGGCCCCAGCCCUGACUCCACCCAGCCCGGCAGCAGCACUGACCCUGGGAUGAUAGAACCCAUGGCAUCCCAAGGGCCAGCGCUGACUCCCCAGCAGGUCCCGCAGCCUCCAGUGCCCCCGCCCCUGCCGCUUGUCCCCCUGGAGGCCACGGACAGCAUGCUAGAGUUGCCACACCCACUUCUGCAGCAGACCGAGGACCAGUUCCUGUCCCCGAGCCUGCCGUGCAGCUCCCCCCUGAUCAGCUUCUCCCCGCCUUUGGACCAGGACGACUACCUGUGGGGCUUGGACGGGGGCGAGGGCAUCAGCGACCUCUUCGACUCCUACGACCUUGGGGACCUGCUGAUUAAUUGAGUGGCCCUGCCUGCCCCCAGCAGCCCGCCCCUGGCUCUACCUCCUCGUAGACUGACAGGCCCUCUGCCCGCGCAGUGACGUGGGACACAAGGUGCUGCCCUCGGGGUCCGGGGGCCUCUUCUCUUUCUUACCCACCAGCCAGCCGAAGCUAUCUCGGCAGGGGGGUACGUAGAGGAUGUGGGUGAGGAGUGUAUCAGGGGUUGGGUCCUCUCUUUCCUCAUGGAAGCUGGGCCUGGGAAGGCCCAUCCAGCUUCUGACCUCUGACCUCUUUGCGAAGGGCCGCAGGUGAGGCAACCAGGUCCAGGGAAAGGCCCUGCCCCUGCCUUUCAGGGGCGAAUUAGGACCCUGAAUUUAUCAAGAAGCACUUAAUGCCUUUGUAUUUAUUUCAGGUUGAGUUUUGUUUGUUUGUCUUCCCUGAGUUUUUAGCAGGGAGAUUGUUCUAGUUUCUAGUAAGACUUCUCAGACGGGCCCAGUGCUGUCCAUGGUUCGAGGGCAGGCCAGGUCCCCGAUUUCCCCGCAGCAGUGGGCCGGGUCUCCGGGGGCCCCGUCCAGUCUGCUAGAACGCUACUUGCACUUCGGCCUUGUAAUUCUAGUAAGUGGUGGCUGCAGGCCCUUUGGCUUCUCCUGCUUGUCAUCUCCAGCCGAGGCGCCAGCCUUGAAUUCCUGGUCUGCUCUGUCCAGAGAUGGUUGCAGGGAGCCAUCCCAGGGGAGGCGGCAUCGAGGCUCCAGGUGUGGAGACCCACUUCUGUGGAAUUCCCUACCUCUCCGUCCCCUUAGAACAUGAAAAACGACCCUCCAGGGAGUCAGCACUGAACCCCCCCUACCCCGCCCGGGGGAAACAGGGACAGGAAUGUGGAAGCAGCUAUAGGGGCUGCCUAGGGCACCUUUCCUCCAUUUGUGACACUUGCUUGGGACAGGGGCUGUCUUACACUGAGCACCCGGGAGGGAGUGGCAGCCCCCGCAUAGAGACAGGUGGGAUUAAAGCGAGAAACUGCCAGAAAGCACCCCCUCUGGUAACUACUGGUAUCAUCCUCCCCUUCCCCGGAAGGAUUUUUUUGUUUAUUGAAGGGAGUACUUCUGUAAGGAUCUCCUCUCCCUCAAGCAGCUCUCACACAGACCUCCCCCCCCACCCCACCACCCCAGGACAGAGGUGACCAGGACUUGGUGGCAUUUUGGCUCCUUUUGUCAUGGGAAUGCCGAAGGGCUGACAGGGAGGAAUCUUCAUUGCAGACCAGACCUUGGCAGCUGAUGGGGAGAUGGGCUUAUGUUACCUCCUCAGGCUUAGGGUCCUGAGGUCUGUUGCCCUCCCCCACAGAGGCUUGACCAUCCCACAGUGUCUCUGAAGCCCACUUUGGUGUGGGGGAGGGGGUCAGCUCUCUUCCCCACCCAACCUGGGGCGGGGCUGCUCUGGGCAGCACCAAGACUGUGCCCUCUGGAGAGAGGCAGCCAGGGAUGGUGGCCUAAGAGGCCCACCACCCACCCUCAGGGAGCUAGGUUUCCUCAGGGGCUCAGCUG